UUAGCUAAAACUCACAUCAUCACCCCUCCCCCAUCUCCAUCUCUCUUUAACCUAUUCAGUUGUUUAGGUCAACAAUAACCCCGUUUUGAAUCUUCCAUGCCUUGUCUUUCUUUAGGGUUUGAUGAUGCCUCAUGGUCAAACAUGAAGGCACCGACUCUCUCACAAUUCUCUUGGUACAAAAUAAACACCUGCUUUUCUUUGUUUCCUUCACAGCCUCACAUAUCUAUCUCUACCUACUCAAAUAUCUUCUUAGCUCCAAAUUCAUAUUUUUCUUGAGGCUAUAACUAGCAGAAUUGAAGGUGGGUUCAGUGUAUAAUUUUAUGGAGUUGAUGCAAGAAGUGAAAGGGUAUUCUGAUGGCAGAGAGGAGGAGGAGGAGGAAGAGGAAGCAGCAGAAGAAAUCAUCACAAGAGAAGAAAGCAGCAGGUUGUUACACCAGCACCAGGAGGCAGCAGGUUCCAAUUUCAUCAUCAACAAUAAUCAUCAUCAUCAUCAACAUCACCACCACCACACAACAAAGCAGCUAGACUUCAUGGACUUGUCACUUGGUAGCAGCAAGGAUGAAGGGAAUUUGCAAGGAUCAUCUUCUUCUGUCUAUGCUCAUCAUCAUCAUGCAGCAAGUGCUAGUUCUUCUGCCAAUGGUAACAACAACAACAGCAGCAGCAGCAACUUGCAGCAACAGCAGCAGCAGCCUGCUGAGAAGGAGCACAUGUUUGAUAAAGUAGUGACACCAAGUGAUGUGGGGAAGCUGAACCGGUUGGUGAUACCAAAGCAGCAUGCUGAGAAGUAUUUCCCUCUUGAUUCCUCAGCCAAUGAGAAGGGUCUGUUGCUGAAUUUUGAGGACAGGAAUGGUAAGUUGUGGAGGUUCAGGUACUCCUAUUGGAACAGCAGCCAGAGCUAUGUGAUGACCAAAGGUUGGAGCCGUUUUGUUAAGGAGAAGAAGCUUGAUGCUGGUGACAUGGUGUCCUUCCAGCGUGGUGUUGGGGAGUUGUAUAGGCAUAGGUUGUACAUAGAUUGGUGGAGAAGGCCUGAUCAUCAUCACCAUCACCAUCAUGGCCCUGACCAUUCAACCACACUCUUCACACCUUUCUUAAUUCCCAAUCAGCCUCAUCACUUAAUGUCCAUCAGAUGGGGUGCCACUGGCAGAUUGUACUCCCUCCCUUCCCCAACCCCACCACGCCACCAUGAACACCUCAAUUACAACAAUAACGCCAUGUAUCAUCCCUUUCAUCACCAUGGUGCUGGAAGUGGAAUUAAUGCUACUACUCAUCACUACAACAACUAUCAUGAGAUGAGUAGUACUACUACUUCAGGAUCUGCAGGCUCAGUCUUUUACCACAGGUCAACACCCCCAAUAUCAAUGCCAUUGGCUGACCACCAAACCUUGAACACAAGGCAGCAGCAACAACAACAACAACAACAAGAGGGAGCUGGCAAUGUUUCUCUUUCCCCUAUGAUCAUUGAUUCUGUUCCAGUUGCUCACCACCUCCAUCAUCAACAACACCAUGGUGGCAAGAGUAGUGGUCCUAGUAGUACUAGUACUAGUCCUAGCACUGCAGGGAAAAGACUAAGGCUAUUUGGGGUCAACAUGGAAUGUGCUUCUUCAACAUCAGAAGACCCCAAAUGCUUCAGCUUGUUGUCCUCAUCUUCAAUGGCUAAUUCCAAUUCACAACCACCACUUCAGCUUUUGAGGGAAGAUACACUUUCGUCAUCAUCGGCAAGGUUUGGGGAUCAGAGAGGAGUAGGGGAACCUUCAAUGCUUUUUGAUCUGGACCCUUCUUUGCAAUACCGGCAGUGAUAAAAAAACAAAUUGAGAUGAAGAAACAAAAUAAUGAAGAAGAUACGAGUUUGAUCUAAAGUCACCACCUACCUGGGCUAGCAGCUACACUCUCUUUUGCAGCAUUUUUAUUAUAUUUUUAAUUUCUUUCUUUCUCUUUCUCUUUUGUUCUUUCAUCAGCUACAAAGGAAAGAAAAUGCUCUCCCAGACUUUCUUCUUCUUCUUCUUUUGAUCAGUAAUUAGUCUUUAGCUUUUGCUCGUUUUUGAAGUCUUUAGUACGUUUAGAACUGCUCAAUGAAUUUAUUAGAACUCGGGAUUUGGGCCCAUGAAGAAAUGGAACAUCCAUCGUUUCACAACCUAAAGAGGGAAAUGAUAUCCAUGGAGAUCAAAUUACGUUUAGACCUUUUUUUUCAAUUGUGUAUAAUACAAUACAAAUAUAUAUUAUUUAUAUUUAUUAUUA